AUGAAAAUCUAUUAUUUUAUCCUAAUCUGCUCAUUUUUUGUUAAAAACUUCUGCUCUGCAGACAAUAGUUUUAAAGAUUUAAGCAGAAUUUAACGUUCUUUGCAAUCUCUUGAAAAUAAAUAGAGUUAGAGUCAAUCUAAUUGUCCAUAAAACAUGUGUAUUACUUUUGAUAAAAACUCUAACACAUGCCUUAAAUGCUAAUAAGAUUAAGAUCCUCACAAGGUAUAAAAUGAUUGCACUAAUAAAAAUGAAGUAAAUUCAGAUGAAUAAACUGCAUGUAUAGUCAUAUCUGUCCUGAAUUUGUUAUUUGUAUCGAUUUUAUAAUAUACAUGGAUUAAUAUUUCAUAAAAAUAUAAAAAUAAUCUUGUUUGUUCUACCUAAACAAAUAUCAAAAAGAGCUCCAUUAUUUAAAAUGUAAUGAAUGAUGGUUCACCAAUCUAAUUAAUGGUUGGCUAUCCUAUUUAAUAAGCUCAUAAUUUCUAAGCUCCAAGAGAUGAUGCGGCUUUAGAAAAUGCAUAAAAAGUAGAAUGUCAACAAAUGAAUGUAGAGUAGCCAAUUUUUUGUUUAGAAGCAUAAUCAAUUAGCUUAUCACCUCCAAUCAAUACUUAAUAAGCAAAUUAGUAGAACUAAUUACGUUUAAGCCAUAGAAAUUCUUUAAAUAAUAGGAUUUAGUAAUUAAUAAUUUAGAAUGAAUAAUUGACACAAAAUAACUAAACCGAUUCGAACUAGUAAAUAUAUUAAAAGGCAUAGAUUAAAUACUAUGGAUAUCAACUAACAUAAGCAGGUAAUUAUUCUUUUAAAAACUUUGAUAAUAAUCAUAGAAUCAGACAUGUAAUAAUUAAUUUUUUAGCUUUGCAAUUUAUUUUUUCAAAGCUUUUAGUUAUAAUUACGACAAGUAAAAUACAAUGA